UUUUAUUCACAUAAGAAGUCAGCGAAAAAGAAGGAAGUAAAACUGGUAAAAAUUUACGGAAGACUGAUUUCAAGAUUUAUACACUGAUAAUAUGCACAGGAUCACUUAAACCUUGCACACACAGGGUCAACCAUGGAAGUCUUGGGCACUCCCCAGCACUGGCUGAUGUGUGACAUUUGUGAAGAAAACUGUGUGUACUACUGCAACUCAUGUAAUAAAAGGUUGUGUGACAAAUGUCAUACAGAACACCACACAAAUGAAGACACCAAAACCCAUGACCUCAUACUGUACCAGCUCCGACAAAAGAGUCUCGGAGAGGAGAAAUGUCCCCACCAUCCAACCAAAGAUCUAGACAUGCUAUGUGAGGAAUGCCAGGUGGCUCUCUGUUACAAAUGUUCGAUGACUGAGGCACACUCAGGCCACCAUUUUAUUGAUCUUGAAGAAAUUUCCAUAAAAAAUUUUGAAAUGUACGAGAAUGAGUUGUCAAGGAUCCAAGACCAUUUCCUGCCAGCUUGUCAUGAGGUUUUGAAUGAAAUCAAAGAGGAUGUUCCAAAAGUAAAGAAAAUGGUUGCUUUGAUUCGGGAGACCAUGACAACUGAAGCUAAUGCCCUCAAAAGUCUGGUGGACAGAGUAUUAUCUGAGAACUUUUCUGAAUUAGACAGCAUAGAAGAAAGAAUUCUGCAUGAUUUGACUGCCCAAGACAAGACUUUUACUAACUAUAUUUCAUAUUUACAAGAGCUUCUGAGAAAAUACCAAUCAAAACUGGCAAAGAAAAACCUGGAAGAUUUAAUUUCAAAACAAAGGGAAGACAAAGCUGAAGAAAUAGACCCCAUCCCAGAAACAUUUAAACCCGUUCUUCCCAUAUUUACUGGAGGUCAGUUUACUGAAGAUGAUAUAAAGAAGUUUCUUGGUAAAAUCAGCUUUCCAAAAGUUACAAAAGCAAGAAGACAUGUUAGAGUUGAAAGCAGAAGUGAAGAAGUUGAUGUGUUCUUACAUGAAGAUGGCAAAGAACAGCAGAAAGGAAAAGUAAACCCGAGACCUGAUAAGCAGGUGACCUUCUCCGUCUCUAUGAUUAAGGAGAUCAUGGUCCCUCGUAUAAGUUUUCUUUUCCACAUUUCCUUGGAGACCUCCAAGAGGUUUUGGGUCAGCAGUUUUGAUGAAUACCUUGUCCAGACCGAUCUUCAGGGGAACCUGCUGCACAAACUUCAGAUCACUGGUGGGAUCAUGAGAGUCGGUUGUCACACAGUGACAAAGGAAGGGGACCUGUUGUUUGCGGACAGAAAGAACAAGUGCAUCAACAGAGUGACUCCAGACAAGAUGGUCACUGAAUUGUUCACCACUGAAGAUUGGGAACCCCUUGGGAUUUACUCCUCUCGCAUUAACGGGGACAUCUUGAUGGGAAAGAGUAAAGAUAAAGACAGAGAGGCCAGGGUAACGAGGUACAGCAAGGCCGGGGUCAAACUUCAGGACAUACGGAAGAAACACUGGAUAAAGACCCUCUACGAAUUCCCAGCCUACCUAACUGAGAAUAACAAUGGAGAUAUCUGUACAUCAGACAUUGAAAAGGAGGCUGUAGUGGUGGUCGAUAAAUCAGGAAAACAUCGAUUCUCCUACACAGGUCAGCAGUCUGAAUCCUCAUUCAGCCCUAGAGGAAUCUGUACCGAUGCCUUUAGUCACAUUUUGGUGUGCGAUGAAAACGGUAACUCUGUCCAUCUCCUAGAUCAGGACGGUCAUUUCCUGUCUCUUCUUAUAAAUCAGAAUCACGGACUUAACAGUCCCUGUGGUCUGGGAAUGGAUGAAGAGAACAAUCUGUAUGUGGGGGAGUUUGACAGCAAUACAGUGAAAGUGUCCUCAUACCUAGAUCAGUAUUAAACGUGUGACAAAAUAGUUACCAGGAUUUGGGUAGAGACUAGAGAAAAAACAUUAUGCAAUGUUACAUCACCGAUAUGACAUGUUUAACCAUUCAUUUUGUACCUGCAUGUACUUAAAAAGUGGGCUUCAUAUUUUAGCGACUCUGGCUGUAACCACAAGCUAUAUCAUGAACACCAUUAAUUAAUCAUUUCUAAAUGCAAUACAUAGUGCAGACACAUG